AGAUGAGAAAAGCAGGUAAUGCCAAGAGGUGUGCUACAGCAGAGGUCCAUCCAUCAAUGUUGGUGGUAAAGAAUGCUAUCCAUUUUAUCGUGUCAAACGGAGGUCAGAUGACGAUCUCCAAGCUUUUACUUUUGUUUCGUCAGCACGCACAGUUUAAUUUUCUUAACAUUGAGAAGCUACUCAAAAUCUUCCAGUCUUAUUAUAAUGUUUUUGACCUUGUGGAUACCGGAAUAGGGGUUUCUCAGAUCCAAGCCAGUUUGGCGUUUGAGUUAAAAAUAUGUGAAUAUCCUAGAAAAUGUGGAGGCUACCCUCGAUGUAAAGACCUGCAUAUCUGUAAAUACUUCAUUCAAAACAAGUGCAGGGAAAGUCCAAUGACAUGUCCCUUUGGGCAUGAUUUACAUUCAAUAGAGAAUUUUCAAAUCCUACAAGAUUUCAGUUUAGGAAGACUAGAACCAUUGGUUGUCAGAGAAUGGCUAAAGAAGCAGUACCAGAAAACUCGAUCACUGCAAGUCUGCACAUACCAUAACACAGCGAGAGGAUGCAGUAGAAACGAAAAUUGUCCAUUCUUACAUCUGUGCAGUUAUUUUGUCAACGGGUGCUGCAGAUUUGGUCACUUAUGUAUCAGGAAUCAUGAUCUUUAUUCGAAAAAGAACCGUGAUAUCCUUCGAGAACAUGGAAUCGAUCUGCGAAGCGAUCAAAAUCAAAUUCUGGGCUUGCUCUCCAAAAGGUCAUUACAGCGUGGUUAUAAACGCAACUUGUACGCCCAUUCGGAUCUUGGUGACCUGUUUUCUAAUUUUGACAUGGAAGAUGAAGAUGGGAUGACUCCAGGAGAGCCUGUUUUGGUAGAAACAAAUUAUGAUAACGUAACAAUACAGUGGAAAGCAGUGCCUAAUUUGUCUCCACAAUUUAAAUAUCAUGUACAGUACAAAGAAAUGCCUGAAGGGCAAUGGACAACAUUCAAAGAUUUAAUAUCCCAUGAUGCAUCGCAAGCCUGUGUUUCCGGUCUGAAGGCAAGUUCAUCCUAUUCUUUUCGAGUCCGACUCGUAGACACCAACGAAGAAGAGGGAUAUCCGUUUAGCCUGGAAAGUAAUGUUAUUGGGACAACAGAACCUUCAGCUUCAAAUACACUUUCGUAAAGCGUGGAAAUAUAGAAAUAUUAGGAGUUUGGGAAAAGAAAUGUCAUAUUUUAAGUCGAAUAUGCCUUUCA